GAGGCGGGUUUGUCCCCCCCGCGCACGGGAUGGGGGCUCGCGGUGCACUUCAUGAAGACCGCCCCAAUGAACUCCAUGGCAAGCAACGUCGGGGGGAAGACAAUCCACAACUUCAGCAAGCUCGGGAUCGAUCUGAUCGCGGGGGCCCAGUCUGGCGGUAAGAAGGGCCCGGAAGUGUCGGGGAAUUUGCUGCACGCGAAAAUCCAGCACAUGCGCUGGCUCAUCAUCGACGAGGUGGAGAACGUGUCGGUGGAGCUGCUGGAGGCCGUGCACAGGCAGGUGAAGGACUCGACGAGGGGCGAGGGGAUACCGUGGGCCGUGGACGCACGCGCCCCGAAACAGUUUGCCUUGUUCGGCGGUCUGAACCUGGUGCUUCUCGGAGAUCUGUGGCAGAUCCCGCCAGCGAGGACUCUCAGUAUUGCCGCCAAUCCUUUCGUGAAGCGGCCCGCCAACGUCGGCCGCAUACUCGAGAUGUUUUGGGCAGAGGGCUUGCCGCGCUCGGCGACUCGCCGCUGCGCCCUGACCCAGUCGCACCGCUGCUCAAACCCGUGGUGGAGGAGCUUUCUCGCAGAAUUGCGCGCGGGGGAUCUUUCGGACAGGAUGCGCGACUUCGUCCACGGCUUCCCCGCUGAUGCGCCCGGCUCCUGGACGCCCGCAAGCCCCGGCAGCGCCGAGGCCUCGGCGGGGCACCUCGGCUGCGGGAAGGCGAAGUUCCGCGCGCUCUGGUCAUCUGAGUGGCCGCGGAUGUUCGGAGAGUGUCGGCCCUGGCAGGACAUGCGAUCUCUCGAGUGCGCUGACUCCGGCGCGGAACGCCGUCGGUGCUGCCGCGUCGCCUCUCAUAGCGAUGCCAGACAGCGGGAAGUGAGCACGGCGUUCGCGGACGCGCUGUUCGCGCACCCGUACAACGCCCAAGGGUCGAAAGAACCGCUUGCCCACGCCAGGCAGAACUUGCUCAUGUACCCGGAGAACACGACAGGCGGAGUCCCCGACGUGCUGCCGAUCUUUGAAGGGAUGCGAGUGCGGUUCGCGACCACGGAGAAUGCUGAGGCGGGAGCCUGCAAACGUUCCUGGGGGACCGUGACGGGCUGGGCCCUCAAUCCCGCCGACUCGAAGUUGGUGAACGAGCACAGGUCCGAGCCCGAGCUGGUCAUGCAGCGCGCGCCCGACGCGAUCAUGGUGAAAAUCCCCGGCAGCACGGUGCCCCGCUUUGGGAAUCAGCCCGCGGGUGUCUUCCCAGUGAAGCUGAAGCAGGUGUCGUGGGAUCGCAGUCCUGGCUUCAAGGCCACGGUGAAGCGCGCGGGACCCCCGCUGGCCCCGCACUUUGCCGCCGCGGCCCACUGCGUCGCCGGCUCGACUCUGCCGCGGGCCAUUAUCGACUUGCUGGACACGCGGACGACGCCGCGUUCGUCCAUGGCCCCCACGGUUAACGUGGCCAUCGGCCGCGCCAGGAGGGCGGACGACCUGAUCAUCACCCAGCCUUUUCCCCCCAUGCUGUUCCGCCAGGGGCAUCGGGCGGCCCCAUGGCUCCUGCGCCCCCGCGCAGCUGGGGAGACGACGACGGAACAGGCGAAAGCCGGCCGGGCCAAGGCACAGAAGGAAGCGGCUUCCAUGUCGCCCGAGAAGUCGGUGGACGCCGCGUUCCA